GUGCGUUACGUAGCCAUCUUGUGUAGAGCAGAGGAAGCGGAGCCGUUAGCUCGAGAUCUGCACUGACAGCCGACAGACUGACAGACAAACAAACCGUCAUUCUGCUCCCGACAGACUGCGUUAACGUCAGAAACGGAGAGCAAACAUGCGUUGCGACGUUUCAAGAUGUCUGACCGACGUGUUUCGCGGAGGAUAUGCGCUUUUGAAGACGACAGAGCGCUAAAAGCGGACGGCGCCUCAGAGUCGCGCGAGUCCAGCGGCUGGAGAGUUUCGACUGCGAGGGCGGCCUGAGGGAAACUCUCACUCCGGGACAUGGCCUUCGUUUAGGCCACGGAGGAUAAACACACGGGCUCGGAGGGAUUAAACACAGCUGGAAUAAAGCUGUCGUUGUGCUCGGAGCACCAGGAGUUUCAGUUUAAAGGAUUUAAAGGACUGAAAAUGGCGCGAUGAGGACGGAGCUCUGAGGGAGUCUUGAGCUAGCGUGACGCUAACUGAAAAUUACAUGACAUUUUCAUACACAUUGCGUUGCUACGCUUACAUUGGAGCUGUGAGCUGCACUCUGACGUGCUGAGAUACACUUAAAGCUGUCAAAAUGUCUAAAAUGCCGUCGAAAAAGAAGAGCUGUUUCCAGAUCACCAGCGUAACGCAGGCUGCGCAGGUGGCGGCUAACAGCAACACGGACGACACCGAGAGUUUAGACGACCCCAGGACUGAGGACAUGUCCUCGUCCGAGAUAUACGACAUGUCCAGAGCUGGAGAUUUCGAGCCGGAGGCGUGUGAUGUCAGUUUGUCGGAUGAAUCGCUUCAUAACGAGGCCGAAACAUCUGGCCAAGAUGCUCCCAUAACGAACAUACCUGGUUCUCGCCACGCAGGCGCGGUUCAUAUAAACCCACCUGUGCGUUCAGUCAGUGGGUCUGUAUCUUCCCAGGCUUCGGUUGCAUCUAAUGCACCGUCCAGCGUCCAGACUUCAUCGGUUAGCAGUUCUGCCACAGUAAGUAGCUGCAGCUCCCGUUUCAGGGUCAUCAAAUUAGACCACAGCACGGGUGAACCCUUCAAAAGAGGUAGGUGGACUUGCACUGAGUUUUACGAGCGGGAUACGGAUGCUUCCUCCUCCGGCCGGACUAUGGAUAGUGUUAAACACUCAAGCGCCGCGGAUCACAGCGCGGACAGGGACGCACUGGGAGUCGCCGGAGGUUCGGUGGGGGUGCACGUUGGGUCUUCAACAUCUGCAGCAGAACCUCGUACAGAUAGUGGCUACUUAUCUGCACCAUCGAACCCGCCUGUGGAGCUUCAGCAGCAAACCCUAGGCAUCUCGCAGCAGGGAUUAGGGCUUGCAGCCCAGAAUGCCCAUAUCAAAUCUCCAAACAUGCCUUUGGCAACUCAACCACAGCCAUUUUUCCCGGGCCAACAGGUGCAGAAACCUGGGCAGAUUCAUCAGAGUGUUAUUCCCCUGAAUCAGUCCCAGACGGUCUCGGUGACCCCGCUGAACCAGGGUCCGUCGCCUGUCAUGACUCCAGCAGUGGGAAGCGCCGCUCACGUGCUCGGAUUAGUUCCCCAGCCCGUGGAUGGCAGAGGGCUUCCCAUCAACCAGCCGGAGCAUGUCCAGGGGCUCUUACAGCAGGCGGGCAUCAGCACGGCUCUAGGGACCGUGUCGGCCGCAGCUGUUGUACAGCAGGCACCAGUGCCGCUCAUUCAGCCGGCGGUAACCGUGUCUGUCAGCACGCUUGCUGGAGUCCCUGGUGUGCAAAAUGUGCCUGCUGUUAUGUCCAGUGCCUCUAAUGCCCCCCAGAGCAUGCCAAAACAGACGCCGCAGAAUCCGACUCAGGGAGUCCACAGCGGGUCACUAGGAGGACUGGGUGCGCAGACGACCCCCGCUAACUUUAGCCAGCUUCCCACUGGCAUCGCCCAGAGCGUGGAGAACCAGAGGAAGCCCGACGGGCUGCUCCAGAGCUCUGUGCUCAUAGGGAAAGAUGCCAUCAAACCCCUGAAUCCCGAGGGCUUGCAGCUUCACACGCCUGCUGUCAGCAGCCUGUUUGGAAUGGCUAUAUCCAUUGAUGGGGAUGAGGACAGCGGGAAAGGCAUAGAAACACUAUUGUGGACUUUUGAAUUCCUUGGCUCACGUGCCUCUGGCGCCAGUGUUGUGGCCAUUGAUAACAAAAUUGAGCAAGCUAUGGAUCUUGUGAAGAGCCAUUUAAUGUACGCGGUGCGCGAGGAAGUGGAGGUCUUGAAGGAGCAGAUCAAGGAGCUCUAUGAGAGGAACUCAGUUCUGGAGAAGGAAAACGCAGUAUUAAAAUCUCUGGCCAACACUGAGCAGCUGACCCAGCUCACCUCUCAGCUCAACCACCUCGGCAGCACUUCACCCCCGCAGACGGCGGUCAGCACCAUCCUGCAGGAAGGAAGCACACUCGUGGCCUUGCCCCCGCAACCCAACGUGUCCACAGCGUGAAGGCCCGCCAUCGCCGGAUUCAUCAUAAAAAAAACUAAACACAAAAACAUCCAAUCUGCAAAAGAGACUUUGGUUUGCUAAUUGCGGAGAGCCAUGCUUCGUUAUACGUGCUGCUUGGCUUUCCCCGUAUUAGACAAUCAUUUUGGGAGAAGCUAAUUUGGCUCCACGAUGGGUGCGGUAGCUUUCCGUGGGAACGGGCUGCUGGCAGGCGCAGGCAAAUGCAAAAGAGUGGAGAUUUAGCAGGAAGCUAAACGGCGAUUUAGAUCUGGAAACGGAGAGCAACUAUCAUGGGAAGCUUGGCAGAGCCUACAGCACGAGUCCUGUUUAGUUUUACUGUUUGCGUAUAUUUAUUAGAGGGCUGCUAUUUUCAUAAUGUAAAUGAACAAUGUAACAGAGAUCUAUUAUAUAUGUAUAUCUAAAGAACCGUUCUUUUGGUUUCUGAAAUGUAAGAUACUUGUUUAACAAGGCAAUAAUGUCCCCAUGGCACAGUUCCAACACUAAAAGUGAUUCAACAACAUUGCUGGUGGAGUCCUGUAUAGUUGAGUUGGUUCGGGGUUGAAUGUACAUGUGUGUGUGUAUAGAUUGUAAAGUAUUAAAGAGUUUAGCCAGUUGUACAGGUGAGCAGCAGUUAUCAAGUAUUUUCCUUUCGGAUUUUAUUAAGUAUACUCGCUAUACUUUCCCUAAGUACUUCAAUUCUGGCUUUUCAGUUCGUUUUGUAAUUUCAGUUCGGGAUGGGGGAAGAAGCUGUGAAUUAGUUUGUACAAUGUAUUUGUAACCAAAGAAGAAAAGCUGUGUACGUUUGUUUUGUAACGCACAUUUUCUUUUUUGAUUGUUCGCUCGCGCCUUUUUUUUUAAACUUCGUCACCUUUUGUUUCUGAUUAGCAUGUGCUGCAUGAUCUAUCAGACUAUUUUCUUACUUCAUGUUUUUAUUCAUCAUAAUUUAAGCAGUCUGUGAACGAUAUUUGAUUAUGGGCGGUGCAGGGUGAUUUUUGGAGGGAAAAACCCAGUAUAAGGUUAACAAAAAAAAAUGAAUAAUGAUCUGUUUUCAUUUGCAUGGUGUUGUAAGACUUGACGUACAAACAAAUGUUUAUUACAUGCAGAAAAUGUAAAAAAAUAAAAGCCGAUUUAUAUUUCCAGGUAUAGUUUACACUGAUAACCUUCAAAGAAAGAUAACAUAAUCAUCGUAAUGAAAUCAAAGCCGCAAAAGUGUUCACAGAUGCCAUUUAUGUGUAGGGCAUGUCCUGUCUUUUGUGCCUCUUGUAAUAUGGAUGCAGCGAUCUGGUUUAUUUUUAUUUUUAAUUUUUUUUUUGCCCAGUUUGAGCCAAACAGAAAUAUUGUACAAUCACUGUACAUCGGUCUGAAAUUUUUAGGUUUGCUUGGUUUUUCUUUUUUUUUGUUGAAGGAAAUGUAGUAUACGAGCAAAAUGUGUUGUACUUGAUCACUGAGCCUUUGAGAAUAUCUUAAACAUACCCUUGUAAUGUGUUGUUUCGAAAAGUUGAGUUUUCUGUCAGAAAUAAAUUGCUGUUCCAUCGAGAACUAAACCAUUUUA